GAAUUUUGGGCUGCUUGCCACGCUUCUUUUGUAUAAAGCCGACCCUGCCCCCGCCUCACCUAAUUGUCAAGAGACAGGAGGACUGCCAAACCCACACCCAUACAAGGGGCAGGCAAGGCCGCAAGGGGCACCCUCCUCAAGCCUCAAGCAACCAACGCAGCGCCAAGGAAGAACCCCUCCCUUCUUCCACCGAUCCUUCCCUCCUUUCCUCGUCCUCACCGGCGACGACCCGCAGCCAUGGCAAUGGCUUACAAGAUGGCGACGGAGGGGAUGAACAUCAAGGAGGAGUGCAAGCGGUGGUUCACGGAGAUGAAGUGGAAGAAGGUGCACCGCUUCGUGGUCUACAAGAUCGACGAGCGGACGCGCGCCGUGCUGGUGGACAAGGUGGGCGGCCCCGGGGAGGGGUACGAGGAGCUCGUCGCCGCGCUGCCCGGCGACGACUGCCGCUACGCCGUCUUCGACUUCGACUUCGUCUCCGUCGACAACUGCCAGAAGAGCAAGAUCUUCUUCAUCGCAUGGUCGCCGGCGGCGUCGAGGAUAAGGGCCAAGAUUCUGUACGCGACGUCGAAGCAAGGCCUGCGGCGGGUGCUGGAGGGGGUCCACUACGAGGUGCAGGCCACCGAGCGCUCCGAGAUGGGCUUCGACGUCAUCAGAGAGCGCGCGCAAUGAGCGAGCCGCCGCCCAGAGCGAGCUUUACUAUGUUGGUGUGCCUGUCGCCGACGAUCGCCGGUGUACUAUAAUCGAACGGACGCUGAUUGGGGCUGGCUGGCUGGUUGGUGUGCUCUGCCAGCAGUCUCGCUCGAUGCGAUCUGACGAGGGUUUGGGCUUUGAUUUAGAAAAAUUAUCGAUCCGUGGCUUGAGAUUGUGCCGUACGUGCGUGUGAUGUAUAGGAGGAGCUGAGAGAGUGGCAGCGGAUUAAUGAAACGUCCCAUCUCUGCGUGCGACGUGGAAAUUCCACUGAUGCUGA